AUGGAACGUAUUCUUAAUUUGAGUACAUAUCAUGCAAAACAAGCCGUUUAUCGAGGCAUCAAUACGAAUCUUAAUAUUAAUCGAGACAAUAGUCGAAAUUUGUUAGUGAAAGAUAAUAAUAAUGAAUAUCUUAAUAAAAAUAAUUUAUCAUUGAUCAAAAAUACAAAUCUUAAUCUUGAACGUUUAUGGCAAUAUAAUUGUUAUCUAACACAUAAUCGAAAUGUUUCCUGUUUAUGUUGGAAUGAACAAAAUCAUGAUUUAUUAGCUGUAGGUUAUGGUAAAUUUCAAUACAAUGAUGAUAAAGAAGGUCUCGUUUGUUGUUGGAGUGCAAAAAAUCCGGAAUUUCCCGAACGUUAUUAUCAAACAGAUGCCGGUGUAACAUCGUUGUCAUUUUCACUCAAACGUCCAAAUUUAUUAGCUGUAAAAAGAUUUGAAUAUGAUAAAAAACAUACAAGUCCUGUUUGGCAAAUAGCAUGGUACGAACGAGAUCGUUCAUCUGAGAUAAAUAACAUUGAAACACUAAUAUCAAUUUCAUCUGAUGGUCGUAUUACACAAUGGAUUCUUCGAAAAGAAUUUGAAGCAACUGAUAUUAUGCGUUUAAAGCCUUAUCAAUCAUCACAAACGGCAUGUCAAAUAUUAAAAACAAAUGAUGAAACAAAUAGUAAUGAAUAUUUUUCAAAUUUUGUUGGCGGUCUUUGUUUUGAUAUUCGUCUGAACGAUAAAACUAUUUAUUUAUGUGGUACUGAUGAAGGACCUAUUCAUCGAUGUUCAACGAUAUAUAAUGAAAAAUAUUUAGAAUCUUACAUAGGUCAUACAGCUCCUGUUUAUAAAGUUCAUUGGUCACCAUUUGCUGAAAAUAUAUUUUUAAGUGCUAGUGCAGAUUGGACAGUUCGAUUAUGGAUGAUUGGAUAUAAUCGAUCGUCUAUGAUAUUCUCAUCAUCAAAUUCAAAAAUCUUUUUCGAUGCUAUUUGGUCACCUAAAUCGUCAACUAUGUUUUGUUGUGUUAGUGAAAAUACAAUUGAAAUAUGGGACUUAUCCAAGAGCACACUUGAUCCAAUUUGCAUUGCUAAUAGUACAAAUCAGCGUACAUUAACAUCGAUUGCUUAUGCUACAGAUUCUGACUGUGUGUUAGUUGGAACAAGUGAUGGUGCAGUUUGGAUUUAUCAUUUAGAAAAUUUCUCUUCAUCUGCUAAUGCAAAUGAUCUGAUUACAAUCGUUCAACAGAGUCUACUUAGUCAACUCGAUUCUCUUGAAAAAACCGAUAUACAUCGAGAAGCUUCUCUCACAUCGACUCAAUCUAAUUUGAUAGGCAAUGAUUAA